GUUUCUUUCGCUGAGUUACGCAAGAAGCUCUGUACUGGGUGUGCCGUUGUUCUGGCGAUAUUUAAGCAGCCUCUUCCUUCUGCCCAGACCAUUCGGAACGGGACAUCCCAAAGACUGUCGCAGCCAUGAGCGGACAAAACAGACGCAGAAUCCUGAAUGAUCGACCCGUGAUAGGUAUCUUGGUGCAGCUUGCCCGCGAGGAACUGACGUUUAGAGCAAAGAUGUACAUAGCAGCUCCCAACGUGAAGCACCUGGAGUCGGCUGGCUGCCGGGUGACACCUGUCAGAUUGUACCUCAGUGAGUCUGAAUAUGAACGGAUAUUUUAUUCAAUAAAUGGCAUCCUGCUCCCCGGGGGAGCCGUGGACAUCCAGAGCUCGGAGUUCGCCCGGGUUUCCGGAAUCUUCUACAGGCUGGCGAUCCAGGCCGGUGACCGGGGCGACUAUUUCCCGGUGUGGGGCACGUGUCUGGGCCACCAGCUUCUGACGGCGCUCACCGCCGGUCACAACCUGCUCCGCCUCACGGAUAGCGGCAACGCGGCGCUGCCGCUCCACUUCACCCCCGAAAUAAAAAGCUGCCGAAUGUUCCGUGAUUUCCCGCCGGAGAUGAUGAGAGCUUUAGGGGAAAACUCUCUGACCGGACACUUCCACAAGUACAGCAUCACCCUGGACGACUUCGAGGCGAACGAGAAGCUGCGCUCCUUCUACAGGGUCGUCUCCACCAACACCGACCCACAAGGAAUCACCUUCGUCUCCACCAUGGAAGCGAUCCGCUAUCCAAUUUACGGCACCCAGUGGCAUCCGGAAGGCAACAGAUAUUUCUGGAAGAAGAAUUUUGAUUUUCUGCACUGUCCCCUGGGAGUCAGGAUGUCCUACCUGUUGGCAGAGUUCUUUGUAAAUGAAGCCAGAAAGAGUCUUCAUUGCUUUGAGAGCAGAGAGGAGGAGGAGGCUGCCUUAAUCAACAACUGUAUACCUACUUAUGUACAAACUGAAAAGUGUGGCCGUAUUAUCUAUAAGUUUGAUUAGGUGUCUUUUCUAGAGUGUCUUGGUCUAUCUGUAGAUAUUCUUGUCCUUUAGAAAGAUCCUGGAAUGCUGAAAUGUACUGGGGAUGCCCAGGGCUAUAUGAGAGAGAAACAGGCAUUCAGGUCGAAGGUUCUUCACCAGAACUCUGUUGCUUAUCCAACAAUGUUGAACCACUUAUUCUGCUUGGGUAGAUCCAGCGAUAUGAACAUUGAAUUCUCCCAUUUCAAGUAAUACGCUUCAAGUAACCUUCGACCCGAAUGCCGGGGAAUGACCGGGUGGGACAAGUCUUUCAAGUAAUUUCAAGUAAGAUGCUGAAUCCAGGGCAAAAGAAGUACCUGCUGGGUCAGCGUUUGUGGGGGAGAAGAAUUCUGCCCGUUUCCAGUGCAGACCCUGCAUCAGGACUAACAUUGGACGGCCUCUUUUCCCCACAGACGCUGCUCAGCCUACUAAGUUCAUCCAGCAUUCGUUUUUCCGUGUGAGCUGGAGCUAGUGCUGGAAUGAAUGUGAGGUGGAAUAUUGUUUUAGUGUAUUACUGUCACAUGUACCGAGGUACAAUGAUGGGCUUUGUUUGUGUGCUAUCCAAUGAAAUUAUACUUUACAUGAGUGCAAUCAAGCUGUAGGCAAGUACAACAGGUAGUGCAAGGAGAAAACUGACAGAGUUCAGAAUGUAGUUUUACAGUGUUACAGUUGCAGAGAAAAAGUGUUAAAUCUGCAAUGAAGAAGGUUGGAGGAUUUGUACUAUACCUUUACCCUUAUGGGAGAAUUGUUUAGUGGUUUGAUAACAGAAUUGAAGAGGGUGUUUCUGAACCUGGUGGGACGAGAUUUCAAGCCUUUGUACAUUCUGCCUGACAGGAGAGAGGAGAAGAAUGAAUGACUGGGGUGGGACACGUCUUUGAUUGUCAGUUGCUUUUCUGAGGCAUUGUUAAGUGUAGAUGGAAUGAAUGGCGGGGAAUCUGGUCUGUGUGGUGGACUGGGGUCACAGCCAUUUCUCCUUCCCUCCUAAUCUUUCCUCUUGCUUCAUAAUUCACAAAUAUUCUAUUCUUAUCUCACACCUUUCUGAAGAAGGGUCCCGCAAAGGUCAAUCAGCCUGAAGAGGGGUCGUGACCCAAAUCCACAUUCUCCAGAGCUGCUGCCUGUCCCACUGAGUUACGCCAUCACUUUGUGUAUUUUUUAUAAACCAGCAGCUGCAUUUCCUUGUGUCUUCAUGUUGUCU